UUGCUACUUCUGAAUAAUUUGAGGGUGGUAGAUUAGAACAGUUCCAAAAAAGCUUUGAGAAAAAUGGGAACUGGGGGAGAGAUCAAGAAGAACAAAUUGAGAGAGAGCCCUGUGAGAACAUUUAGCUUCCCUAUAGUAGAUCCUCAAGAGGAAGUGAGGAAGUCUUUUAGGAAGCUUGUGAAAAAUUUUGCUGGGUGGCAUAAAAAUAUGAGAAAUUGUCCAGAGCAAAAUGUCAUGGUGGCACCAGCUUGUUAUGUUCAAGAAGAAAAUGUUUGUGACUAUGUCUUCUGUUCUGCAUCCUUAACCUCACAUUUUCCUCCAUUAGCAUGCACUUCUGCCAGCAGCACUUCUUCAGUAAUUACAGUCAUACCUCGGUUUAAGUACGCCUCGGUUUGAGUAUUUUCAGUUUAAGUACUCCGUGGACCUGUCUGGAAUGGAUUAAUCCACUUUCCAUUACUUUCAAUGGGAAAGUUCGCUUCAGGUUAGGUUCGCCUCAGGUUAAGUACGGACUGCCGGAACCAAUUACACUCAUAUCUCGGGUUAAGUAUGCUUCAGGUUGAGUACUCUGCGGACCCAUUCUGAACAUAUUAAUCCACUUUCCAUUACUUUCAAUGGGAAAGUUCGCUUCAGGUUAAGUACACUUCAGUUUAAGUACUCCACAGACUGUCUGGAACGGAUUAAUCCACUUUCCAUUACUUUCAAUGGGAAAGUUCGCUUCAGGUUAAGUACAGACUUCCGGUACCACUGUACUAGGCCUGGGCGAUAUAUCGAUAUAUCGUCCAAAACCAGUUUGAAGGCCAUAUCAUGCCCUCAGCUGCAGUGGGGGACCAUUGUCUCAUUGGCAGUGUUGAAAUAAGCAGUUAAUUCAGUUGGCUUCGAUACAUGGAGUGGAGGGGGAAGCCAUCUUGUUCUUCGCAUUAGGCCACAAAAUGCCUUUGCCCAAUCCUGUCUUAUAGUCCUGUUAGGAUUGCUUCCAUCAAUGCAAGAGAUUCUUAGACCAGCAGGAGCAGAGGAAUGAAGUGCAGGAAGAGGAAUGCUGGCUGAGACAAGACUAGCCUGUGGGGAGAUUUUCUACAGGGAAAGGCAAAAUCCAGGGCCAAAUUGCACAAACUCCAUUGCAUUAUACUUUUCUCCCUGACAGUUUUAUCUAAAGUUGAAAAGCAGCUUUUAAAAACGAAGGGCGGUUGGGAGAAUGUCCUGCACAGCAAAAAAAGACAUGGGAGCUAUUUACUUUUCUCCUUUGUGCUAUUUUUUCCCAGUCGGGGAAGCCCAGCUGUUUUUCUCCUUAUGGGGGUGGGGAACAAGUGGGGGGGGGGCUGUUCUUUUUCACCUGUGUGAUGAAAAGCAGCUGGGAGACAAAUUUAUGGCAUGGGGAACAGCCCAAAGGGAAUGAACAUCUUAUCAAUCAAUCAAUCACCAAUCAUUUUAUUGUGUGCCACCUUUCCAAAGUUAAAACCAUGUUCAAGGCAGCUUAACAACAUAUAAAAAAAUUACAUAACUGCAAACAGUAGUCAUUAACAAUAAACACAACAAACAAAGUUGAUGCUCUGCUCAAAACUGUAGUCUCCUAUAGAUCUCUUUCAGUCAACACAAAACAUCAGAGGUGAGAUUAUAUAUGGCUGCUUGUUAACUUGUCAUUUGGCCCUUAAGAGAAUUGGCUAUGAGAACAAAUCCCAAGUCUAUAUUGAAAUGGAAUAAUGAAGGAAUAGAGCCAACUUUGUUCACCGCCCAGCUAGCAUGGACAAUGGUCAAGCAUGAUGGGAGCUGUAGUCCAGCAACAUUUGAGGAGCCACAGGUUAGCCACUCACGAACAUAACCUUUACUCUGAAGGGAAGAGGAGUCAUUUUGUGGCUAGGGUUGUGGAUGGUGGCCACAGGAUGAAGCAUCUUGGGUUGUUCUGGUAGCACUAUGUGCCUGAAGUGACAAAAUUUGCUGUACUUGGGACUUUUGCUCUCUGAGUUGUUCCGCUGUUUCUAGGCGGGGUUGGGGCUGGUGCCAACAUACAGUAACUUGGAAGUACUUGGCGCCUGAUCUGAGACACAAAUGUGACCACAGACCAAGGGAUAUAUGCUUCCCUCAGCCUUUCACCUACAUUUACUUCCCCAUGGGGCUAUGCUGUUCAUUCUAGUUGCACUUUUGAGAGGAAGGCUUCCUAACAUUCUGGACAUUUUGCCUCUGGGGCUGGCACUGUCAACAACUUGGCAAGGCAGUGGUCUCAAACUUUCCAGUUUACAGGUACUCUUAAUGCAACAUUACUGAACUGCAGUAAAUGUAAUCAAAUCUGAUUGCUGGUGGAAUUCUCAACAGCAGGGUGGGGAGCAUUAGUGUUGCAUAUUCUUAUUCUAUUGCUCUCAGUGUGGCAGGUUGCAUCUCUUGGUAGGACCUGGCAACUCUCCUGUAGGAUGAGCCAACUGCUGCCAUCUGAGAUCUGCGCCCGAGUGAGAGACUUGAGAGAUCUUGAUUUGUCCUGGUUAGGCAGAUAGAUCUUGAUUAGAUGAAAACGGUUUGAAUCUUCUGCAAGCUUUUUUUGACCCCUACAAUAGGGUGUAUGCUGUUGCUGUUGACAAAGUUACUGAUAAUUUAGAAUAAAAGAAUCAUACUUAAGGGCUGUUCUAUAUCCAUAUGUGCUGAUUUUAAACUCAUUAGUGGCCAGCCUGAAAAAGCAAAACAAAUCCUGACUGUUCAUUUGAUUUGAUUCUGAGAAUUGCAGAUUUUAGGCAAAGUAAACAGUUAAACAUUUUAGUUAGGCAUUGGUCUCUGUCGCUGAAUGCUUUAAAUUUUAAAAUUAAUUGUAUAUUUUCAUUUUCAGUGUACGUUAGACUAGUCUAAUUCUGGUCAUUGUUUUACAGAUUAAAAAUAUGAAAAGGGGUCUCUAACAUGGAUUCUAUAACUGGAGAACAAGCUUACACAACCUGGUACCCUCCAGACAUUUUGGACUACAAUUCCCAUCAGCCCCAACCUGCAUGGCUGUGCUGACUAGGACUGAUGGGAGUUAUAGUCCAAAACAUCUGAAGGCCACCAGGCUAAGCAAAGCUGCUCCAGCAAUACAGCAAUUUAUUAUUAUUUUUGCAUUGCCUUCCCAUCUCUGUGAGCUGGAUUUUCGGUGUACUCUCUUUCUGAACCAGCAAAAACAUUUUGCAGGUUUUGCAUUUGUCUGUUGCCCAUCACAGCCUCACUGUCAGGCUGCACAUUAGAUCUGCCAGCACCAUGCCACACAUCUCUGCGCUGAAGAAGUGUCAUGCUACAAGUGCAUGGAACACAGGGGAUGCGGGGUGCUAAAUAACACUUGAUUUUUUUUCUUCUUAUUUCACGACAAUGCCUUCCAAUUGAAAUAACAAAUACCUCUUGUUUCAGAUACGACAGCUGCGGAGCACUCCAAAUUUUGGAAAUUUGGGGCUGGCAACCCUAGUUACGCAUGAACAAACGACAACUGCUUGCGGAGCCACAAAAGGGCCUUCUCAGUUUUGUGAGGAUAUUGUAACUCUGGAUUCAAAUGUCUUAAGCUUCGCGAUAAUCAUGCUUUAGAGACAAGAAGGACAUGAGGAGCCCCACAAGGGCAACCAUCAUGGGUCCCACACAGCUCAUGGCACAGAAUCAUGGGAAGACAGCAUGUGUAUUUGGCAUGGAGGAGAAAGGGUUUGCACUUUUCCAUGGCUCAGAGAUCCCACCUGAGCACAUAGAAAACCCCCCUCUGAAACGGAAGAAGGGGCCAGCCCCCAAGAUGCUUGGCAACGAGGUGUGCAGAGUGUGUGGGGACAAGGCCUCAGGCUUCCACUACAAUGUCCUCAGCUGCGAGGGCUGCAAGGGCUUUUUCCGACGCAGCGUCAUCAAGGGUGCCCAGUAUGUUUGCAAGAACGGCGGCAGGUGUGAGAUGGACAUGUACAUGCGGCGAAAGUGUCAGGAGUGCCGGUUGCGCAAAUGCCACGAGGCAGGCAUGCGAGAGCAAUGUGUUCUCUCUGAAGAACAAAUCCAGCUGAAGAAGCUUAAGAAGCAGGAAGACGACCAGUCUCGGAUGGUAGUUGUGCGCCAGAGCUCAAUAUCCCCCCCGAACACCCCUCCUAAAAUGACACCGGAGCAGCUUGACAUGAUAGAAAAGCUUGUGGCAGCUCAGCAGCAGUGUAAUCAGCGCUCAUUCACCGACAGGCUCAAAGUGACGCCGUGGCCUCAGAUUUCCGAUCCUCUUCACCGCGAAGCACGGCAGCAGCGUUUUGCUCAUUUUACGGAGCUGGCAAUCAUUUCUGUACAGGAGAUUGUGGACUUUGCGAAGCAGUUGCCAGGUUUCCUGGAGCUCACCAGGGAAGACCAGAUUGCUCUUCUGAAGACGUCUACAAUAGAGGUGAUGCUGUUGGAGUCAUCUCGGCGCUACAAUCCAGAAACAGAAUGCAUCACGUUUUUGAAGGACUUGAGUUAUAAUCGGGAUGACUUUGCCAAAGCUGACCGGCCAAACGUUCAAGACCAGCCCCUGGUGGAAAGGUUGCAGCAUACCUAUGUAGAAGCCCUUCAUUCUUACAUUUGCAUCCACAGACCAAACGAUCAUCUAAUGUUCCCACGGAUGUUAAUGAAACUGGUCAGUCUUCGGACUCUAAGUAGCGUCCAUUCUGAACAGGUGUUUGCUCUUCGACUGCAGGACAAGAAGCUGCCACCCCUUCUUUCAGAGAUCUGGGAUGUCAAUGAAUGACCACAAUGUCCCCGUGCACCAGCUAGCUGAAGCAACCCCAUCCUUGACUGUUGCUAACAAGAAGCUGUCCUCCCUUCUCCAAAACACUGAAGCUCAGUGCAGAGGGCUAUGGUCUUGUGGUUUCCUUGUUCUGAAACAGUGCAGAAGGCAAUUGAGAUGGACCAGUUAAUGGUUGAGUCUUUGGUUUUAAUGCCUUCCAGAAAUGGAACAACUGAAACACCUCAACGUAGUAGAGAUGAUGAACCCACCCUAAUAAUUUCUCCAGUGGCUCUCCUUCUUCAGGCACUUAUCCUGUGUUUAAUUUCAAGGACCUGUCAUACACCCACCCAUACCCCUCAGGAGUUUCAGAGGCAUGCCCCCAUUAUGUAUCCAGUUCGUUUAGUUUACUGGGAGUUGUCUGGACUGAAUAUUCUAAAUGCAUUUUCUCAUUCAUAUAGACAUUUCUGGCAAUCUCAUGAGUAGUUUUUGGUUCUCGGUGGAUUUUUUCUCUCUGCAACCUGUAACCAUAAUGCAAUUUUGUCGACUUUUUUCAAAGGGGCUCUGAAGGUUGGAAGGGUAGCUGUAUCAUAGAAAACUCAAUGAUAUUUCCUUUCCCAACUCCUAUCUCCCCCC